UUAUGCCCCCGUGCACCACCCCAGGAGUCCAACGGCACUGAAAGAAAACACUGAGCUUGUAGAGUGCACCCCUGUCCUGAGUGUCAAAGUAAAGACAUAAACCAGUGAGAAAUCUACUGCUGGGAUGCUGGCUGUGAUGACAGAAGAUUUUUGCUCGACUCCUUAACUUUCUAAGUUUGGGGAAACAAACACUUUUGCGUUUAAUGUUGACAGGCUUUAAGAAUGUUGGAUACAAGCAGCUGACUCUGUGAAUGCAUGUGGAGACUUACAGAUUAAGAAGAUGAGUUCCAGAAGGCUGAUGAACCGUUCGCUCUCGAGUGAUGGAAGGUCUUACUACAGUGCCAGCGAUAUCACCUCUCAGAAUAGAAGGUCUGGCAGUAGGAGCUACCUGAGCAGUGUCCGAUCUGAAAGCAGGAGCACUCUCUGCAGUGUCAUGGCUCAAUUAACUGAGGAUACACAGCCAACAUUUGAGGCCACCUUAAAAUCCAAAGCUGUGUCUGAAGAUGCUAACGUCAAGUUCAACUGUGUGGUCUCAGGCUACCCAGUCCCUGAGGUGACAUGGUACAAAGAUGACAUACAGCUGGACAGAUACUGCGGCCUUCCCAAAUAUGAAAUAUCACGUGAUGACAAGACACACACACUCCAAAUAUACAACUGUACUCUGGAGGAUGCUGCAAUUUACCAAGCAUCAGCACAGAACAGUCGAGGCAUUGUGUCAUGUUCAGGUGUGUUGGAGGUCGGAACAAUGAGCGAGUACAAGAUUCAUCAAAAUUACUUUGCAAAGCUUAAACUGCGAAACGAGAACCGUCGCCAAGAGCAGGAGGAGCACCGCAAUAUAGGCAAAGAGAAUGUCCCAGCAGCCUUUGAGCACGACAGGAUGAGUAGUCCUGAAAGAGCCCAGAGGAAACGCAGGUCCAUGGAGACCAGGGGCGCUGGCAGCCCUUCAGAGGAGAAAGCCGUAGAGGUGGAAACACCUCCAGUAGAGGACAGACUGGCUGCUCCAGUACAAGUGUCAGCAGCAGGACUUUUCCAUGGCAUCUCAAACUCUGAAAUGAUUGCAAACAGAGACAAAGACAGUGAGGGGCUAAUGUAUAUCCAUGAGACUGUGCAUAGUGCCUCCAGCAAACAGACCAAUGAGCAUUAUAUCAAGAAGAAGCUCAAAAUCUCAACAGCUGCAACAGAGAAAAACAAGGAAAACAGACCAACUGGAAGAGGGGAAGAGAUGAUGAAUGAGAGAGGGACUUCCAAUGAGAAGAUGGAGGUACAGAACACAGUCGAUCAGAUCGCCUCAGUGACUGAAUCUAGAAAGAAAAUGGACAUAACAGACAGACAAAAAAGUACAAAACAGCCAGAGAUAGUCAACAAAAGUGCCUCAGAAUAUUCAAAGACAGCUAAAGGUGCUCAUAUUACCACAGUGACUGAAUCUAGAAACGAAAUGGACAUAACAGACACAAAAAUGAAAGAAAAACAGUCAGUGAAUGUGAACAAAAGUGCCGCUGAAGAAUCAAGGAGAGCUCAAGGUGCUCAGAUCACCACAGUGACUGAAUCUAGAAAGAAAAUGGACAUAACAGACACAAAAAUGAAUGUAAAACAGUCAGUGAAUGUGAACAAAAGUGCCUCAGAAGAAUCAAAGAGAGCUAAAGGUGCUCAAAUCACCACAGUGACUGAAUCUACAACUAAAAUGGACAUAACAGACACAAAAAUGAAUGAAAAACAGUCAGUGAAUGUGAACAAAAGUCCCUCAAACGAAUCAAAGAGAGCUCAGGACUCUCAGAUCGCCUCAGUGACUGAAUCUAGAAAGAAAAUGGACAUAACAUACAGAAAGAGUGAAAAACUGUCAGAGAAUGCACAGGAAAGUCCCUCAGAAUCAAAGAGAGCUCAAAAGCCCAUUGGAACCCAGAAACGACCAGCGUUGAAGGUUUCCAUGACAACCCAGACAAACAAGGUCGAAAUCACGAAGCAAACAGAAUCAUCUGAGAAAGGGACAUCAAACCUCAAACUUUUUGAUGACCACGAGAAUAGAAACCCAGUAAGUACAUGUUUGAGGAUCUUGCCUCAUUCUUGUGGUGGGAAUGACGUCGAUGUGGACACAGGGGAGAGGAAUGUAGCAUGCUCCCUUAGGGGCUUGGCUGCAGGCGAUACUCACACUGAGCCCACAGAGUCACCGAUUCUUGAAGAUAUUCCUCCUUUUCAUAAGGAAGUAGCCAAGAAGUUAAAGGAGCAACCCCCAUUGAUGCGUGAGGUCACUGCGAGUGUUACGGACACACUCAGUUCCUGCCACCUUGCAUCACAGGGACAGAAGUUGAGAGCAGGUGACCAGUCUGUGGCAUCAACAAAGUGCAGUCCACUUGUCACUGGGCCUCAAAACACUCAGCCAAGUGAGAAAAGCUCCGCAGGUCAUGUUUCACACAUGCUUCAUGAUGGCCAAGUUACAACAGCUAUGAGUUCCUCAUUAGGAGAUGACACAUUAACCAGCGUGUGUGAGAAGGAUAGCAAAGCUGAAAACCAACUCAUCAAAGAGUCUGACAAACCUAAGGGUGAAACAAAACCUGCAUCCAUGUCUUUCGAUAGUAUGGAAAAAAAUGAGAUGAAAAACAUAAAUACAAGUACAAAUGUGCAAAAACAGAACAGCAUUUCAAAAGAAAAAUCAACGGCAAACUCAAACCAUUCCACAAAUCAAGUCAUUGUCACAGAGUUUGUUCAAAUUUGCAAGUUAAACUCGAAUAUGGUGCAACCACACACCAUGAAUAGCUCCUCUAUUACUAAAGUUGAAAUGAAAGAUACUAAAGCCAGAGAGUGUCAGAGCUCUUCUCUUGUAGCUACAAACAAUGUUUCUAAAAUGGACACACAGGAACAAUCUAAAGUUACCACAUUUGAAGUACCAGUAUCAACUCAUCACAAGAUGCAAAGUUACUCUGAAAAAAAAGGCAUUGAUAGUUCUGGCCCCUCUACAUUCCUCUCCCAACAUUCAAAAGAGUUACCCACCGAAUUGACCAUUCCUGCAAUAUAUAUUACAGAUGUGGACGGCACAUCUCAAAAUAGCACAGACAAAACAGAACACACUGUAUGCAAGAGUGACAUUAGUAAAUCAGACACUGUUAAAAUCACAACUGAAGCAAAUGCAGUAACCUCUACUGUGACAAAUAGCAACACUGACAGUCAAACAAGUAUACUUAUUCAUUCUGAUUGCACAGACACCACAAACAAAACCACAGCCAUUUUGGAAUUUAAAGGUCUGCGUGACGAGAAGUUUGAUCUUUCCCUACGUUCACAAACUUCUGAAGUCAACAAGCCUGAUCAACAGCCACUAAGUCAAGAAAGCCUGAAUCAAGGACCUGAAUCAUCAAGUCAUUGUUCCACUGAGAAGGUUUCAACAGAUUUUAUUAGACUAUCAGAGGUUCCUAAGCAACACCCCAAUGCUGACAACAGCAUAAAGACAAAUGUGUCUGAAUUAACUGAAACCAAUCGUCAUCCAAAAACAGAUCUUAAUCUGAAAACUGAUUCUGACUCCUUCAUAAAACACCUGAAAUCAGCUGCAUUGGACCUUGAGAUGUCAGAUCAAAGUUCCACCAGCACCAUGAACAAUGCUGCAACACAUAUAAACUCUAGAGACAAUGAUAAAUUUGAGGAGGAAGUAAAUUCUGCAGUGAUACAGCAUGGUGUCUGUAAGGUAACAAUCCCACUGAAGAAUACAGACCAUCAGGACAACUCUACUGCUGCCCACAGUGAACUUGCCACCAGGACGAAUCAAAAGACUACAUUACCUAGCACUACAACAGAGAAGAGUGAAAUAGGAAUGGCCAUAUGUCUUGAAGAAGCAAAUAGAGAUGCAUAUCAGAUGGACAGUUUAUCUUUGAAAACACAACCUGAAUCUCCGUUACAAUCAGUCAGUAACUCACAGUUGAAGACAUCAUUAGAAACGCACUCCCCUCGUCUCACCCGGAAGAGUGUCCCGGCUGACCUCCCCAAGCCUGCAGAAAAUGAGAACAUUAAGCCCAAAUCAACAGAGAAAGUCAAAGAAAACCAGUUCAAAGUUCCACAGAUUAUCCGUAAAAUCCGACCAGAGGUGUUUGAUGCCUCUGGACAUCUGAAACUCUGGUGUCAGUUUUUCAAUAUAGUAAGUGACUCGACAAUAAGGUGGUACAAGGAUGAGGUGGAGAUUGCAGAGAUAAAGAGAAGUGCAGGAGAUGAGACUCAGGUGUGCUUGGCUAUUAUACGGAUGUCCAAAAGAGACUGUGGUGUUUACAGAUGCACAAUUACCAAUGACUAUGGCAAAGAUUCCACAGAGUAUCUUCUCAGUGCAGAGUUUCUUUCCAAUAUGUUUCUGCGUGAGGAGCUCAAGGAAGUUGGGGAGGAGAUUGAGAUGACUCCUCUGAUCUUUAGUAAAGGUCUUGCUGAUGCAGGCUGCUGGGGCUCAAAGUUCUACGGCCGUGUCACAACAGAAGAAGUUCAGGUCGGAAUGGGAUGUGAGCACAAAACCAGACGGCUGAAAGUGAUCUAUGGGUUAGAUCCUGUGUUUGAGUCGGGCAGCUCAUGUUUUAUAAAAGUGCGGAGCCCUAUUGCAUAUGAGAGCAGAGAGGAGACUGUUUUGGCUGAAAGGAAUCUCCAAAUCACAAAACAGGAAUGUAGAAUUCAGAACAUGGCCAGAGAGUACUUUAAGAUCUUUGCUGCAGAGACGAGAGUGAUAGAGAGCUUUGGUGCAGCGCUGGAGGUAAUCAGUGUUCCUUAUGCAACAGUGGAGGCAGAGCUUAAGGGUGUCUAUAAGCGGUAUUGUGGAUUGGAUCGUACCGGGUCACUGGUAUUAAAUGAGAAGUUAGAGGUGGGGCAAAAAUGUUCUUCUCUCCAGCACUGGAUCCACCAGUGGACCAAUGGAAAUGUGCUGUUCUCAAGACUUGAGGGAGUUGAUACAAUACUGACAAAUAUCGGAAUAGCAAUCAGGUCAAAGGGGUAUCAGGGGUUUCCCUGUGAAGCUAAUCCGAAGGUUUUUGAGCUGUUUCACAUUCAGCAUCAGUGUAAUUACUUCUGUGGUCUCUUAAACCUCAAACCUCUCAAAGCCCCAGAAACACUCCAGGCUCCAUCCAGAUCCAAAGGCAAAAGCAGCCCACUACUACAACGAAGAACAGCUCCCAGCUCCUCCAGUCCCCAAACCUCACGCAAGGCCACAAAGAGCCCCAAAGUAUCCCACAAGCUGAACCCUCAGACCUCAGCCUAAUAAAGGUGUUUAAAAUAGGCCAAAGGUAAAAUGAAAGGGAAAAAAGGAGAAGUAUGUCUGUUAUUGAUAGGAAAGGUCACCUACUGAUCUGCA